GCUGUAGGUGCGUGUAGUGUGUUAUUCAUCAGUCGUACUGCCGUGUUGUGAAUUGGUGUUUGGUGAUUGGUGACAGAGUUGUUAGGAGUGAGGAAUCAUCAUCAAUAUGCCAAAAAUACGUGGCUCUGAAAACUAAAAUGCAAAACGAAAUUUCAGCUUGUGUUUAAACAUGUAAAACAAACAAAGACCCACCACCAACAAUGAGGGUGCAAAAGUGGUGGUUGGAAGCGGUGGUUCUUCUUUUCGCCACUGGAUGGCUCUGCCUGUCCACACCUGUUGGGAAACGUUCUUCCCUCUUACCGCACUCUUUGACCCCUGAGAGCUACGAACUCUCCCUGAACCCGGACAUCAUCAGGGGAGUGUUCCACGGCGUUGUGGUCAUCAGUGGGGUUGCUGUUGCUGAGACUUCCGUCAUAGUGCUGCACUGCAGCAACCUUCUGUUCAAUACGACUAAACUGACAGACACUACUGAAGGCGAAGAAGUGGCGGUCCUGGGUGUGGAAGAAGAUGAGUUUCUGCAGCAGUGUCAUCUGUCGCUCAACAAAACUCUCAGGGUGGACCAUGAGUACAAGUUGACUAUAGAGUUCAUGGGGAUCAUUGGCCAUGAUGGGUUCGGUCUUUACAAGGACUUCUAUAAAGAAGGUGGAGUUAGGAAACACGAGUUUGGCAAACUUUGGCUCAGAGAUGCCAACCUAACAACCGAAAACUCAGUCGUUUGUCCUUGA